CUCAAUGGGAAUUUGGGGGAUUAGUGCAAGGAGUAGGAAUUGGCUUGGCCUCUGCAACAUCAGUUGGCGAAUGAGUAGACAGUCAUUCAAGCACAUUGGUCGAAGAACAUUUUCAGACUCUUACACUGUCCAAAGUGACGAUUCUGUCUUGCCAGUGUUGAUUAUCGGUGCUGGUCCAGUUGGGAUGACUCUCUCCAUACUUCUAACGAAACUAGGUGUAAAAUGUGCGAUCUUAGAGAAGAACAAGGCCUUUUCCACACAUCCUCAAGCACACUUCAUCAACAACCGGUCUAUGGAGGUAUUUCGCAAACUGGAUGGUCUUGGAGAUGAGAUUCUAAGGUCUCAACCACCAGUAGAGUUUUGGAGAAAGUUUAUAUACUGUACUUCACUGACGGGGCCUAUUUUAGGUGCUGUUGAUCAUAUGCAACCUCAAGAUUUUGAUCAGAUUGCGAGUCCUGUCUCUGUUGCACACUUCUCCCAGUACAAGCUCUCCAGAUUACUGCUUAAGCACCUUGAGAAACUUGGUUUCCAUAUGGUAAACUCUGAAAAGCGUGAGCAUGGGUCUAUUGGCGAGAGGGAGAUCCUUAUGGGGCAUGAAUGCAUUGCAGUCAAUGGUGCUGAGCGUGGUGUCACUGUAACAGCCUCUUUCCUUUCUAAAGGGAAGUAUAUGACGAGAGAUAUUCAGUGCCAUUUCCUUGUUGGUACAGAUGGUGCAGGAAGUAGUGUCAGAAAGUCCUUAGGAAUCAACAUGAGAGGUGAAAAGGACUUGCAAAAGCUUGUUAGUGUCCACUUCCUGAGCCAAGAGUUAGGGCAGUAUCUCAUUAAAGAAAGACCCGGCAUGCUGUUUUUCAUCUUUAAUAGAGAUGCUAUUGGUGUUCUUGUUGCCCAUGAUCUCAAGCAAGGGGAAUUUGUCCUGCAGGUACCAUUUUAUCCACCUCAACAGAAGCUUGAGGACUUUAGUUCUGAGAUGUGUAAGAGAUUGAUCUUCAAAUUGGCUGGCCUAGAGCUUGCAGACGUCAACGUGAUGGAUAUUAAGCCUUGGGUGAUGCAUGCGGAAGUAGCUGAGAAGUUUCUAUCUUGUAACAACAGGAUAAUACUUGCUGGUGAUGCAGCUCAUCGAUUUCCUCCUGCUGGUGGUUUCGGGAUGAAUACUGGUAUUCAAGAUGCUCAUAAUCUUGCUUGGAAAUUAGCUUCUGUAAUCAAGGGUGUCUCACCAAUAUCAAUUCUCAACUCUUAUGAACUAGAACGUAGUCAGAUAGCCCAAUUUAAUACAGCGCUUAGCGUCCAAAACUUUAAAGCGGCAAUGAAAGUUCCUGCUGCACUUGGUCUUGAUCCAACUGUAGCAAAUGCAGUACAUCGAGCUCUUAAUGACACUGUUGGUUCAAUUCUGCCAUCCGUACUUCAAAGGACAAUAUUAGAUGGAAUAUUCAGCAUAGGUCGUGCACAACUCUCAGAUUUUGUAUUGAAUGAAAAUAAUCCACUUGGAUCUGCAAGGCUAGCCAAAUUAAGACAGAUAUUUGAAGAAGGACAGAGCCUUCAGCUCCAGUUCCCUGCUGAGGAUCUUGGUUUCAGGUAUCGGAAAGGAGCAUUGGUGUCUGAAGAUGACAGUGUGUUGAAUGUGCAUGAAGCACCAACAGGACGAAGAAGGGAUUAUAUUCCUUGUUCGGAACCUGGAUCAAGGCUCCCUCAUAUGAAUGUUAAACUGCUUUCUAACCCGUCAAGCAAGGAAAUACUCUCUACUCUAGACCUUGUAUCAAUAGAUAAGGUUGAGUUUGUCCUGAUAAUAGCGCCAUUCAAGGAGUCCUACUGUCUGGCUCGAGCUGCACUAGAGGUGGCCAACAAAUUUAAACUCCCUUUAAAAGUUUGUGUAAUGUGGCCAAACGGAAGUAUUGACGGAGCUGGAAGAACUGAGGCUGCAUUGACACCCUGGAAAUCUUUUGAAGAAGUUGUGGAAGUGAAGAGGUCAUCAGAUUCGCCAUCCUGGUGGGACAUCUGUCAAAUGACAGACAGAGGAGCCAUAUUAGUGAGACCUGAUGAACACGUUGCUUGGCGUACAAAAUCCAGAAUUGCAGAUCCCAUCAAGAAGAUGAAAAGUAUUUUCCACAUUGUUACAGGAGUUGAUUGCUUCUGAUAGCACCUUUGAUGAAAUUUUUACCCCCAUUUAUGUAUGGUAGGCUUCACAUUCCUUCUCUGAUUUACAUUAGCUAGAUUACAAGGUUGAAGUACUUUGCUUUC